CUGGAAAUUAUGAGCGGCCGCCGUCAGAUUUGCCCAGCAGUGCGCGCGCGCGCGUGUCUCUGUCUGUGCGCGCACGUGCCUCUUUCUCUCCGCUCCCUCACUCUCCAGCACAGCUCUCAGAGAGCAUCACUAGUGGUCCAAAUCCCGAAUCCCGUCAGCCGCGCACAUCGUGUCUGACUUUCUGUGGGACCGGAGCCCUCUUCCUCCUCCUCCUCCUCCUCAUCCUCGCAUUCAUCCUUCAGACGCCGCCGCCGCUUCUGUUUGUCUCAUAUUUGUUGAAGUGCUGGCUCAUUCUUUAACCUCAGCCGGGUCAAUGUAUAUAGACGCGUUCAAACGGAUCCUCUUUGAAAGGCUGAACUGCUUGAAGAGAAUGUGCGUGUGUCAGCGGCAGGGCAGCUCGUUUGCCAUGUCUAAGACAGCAGGGAAGAAACUACACUGGCGCUCCAAAGUGCAAGACAGUUUUGUGCCGUUGUUCGGCACGUCGGAGCUCGGGAUUGCCAUCGGAGGAGGAGCAGAUUAUGGAGAGUUUCCUUUUGUCACUUCGGCUCCAGGGGGAGGCCUCACAGUGGGCGACAUCAUCCUAGAGAUUGGAGGAACACCAGUGCUGGGCAUGACUCUAGGAGACGUUCGUGGGGUCCUCAACUCUUGUCCGCAUCCUAUCCGUAUCAAAACAGUUUCACCAGGCUCCACAUUGUGCAAGGAUCUCAGGUUAUAUCUGAGCAAGUGCUUCACACCUGGUUCCGUAGACAGCCAGCUCCAGCAGGUGAUUAGAGAGAACCUUCUUCUUCGAGCAAUACCCUGUACGACCAGACAGCCCAGAGAUGGAGAAAUCUCAGGAGUAGAUUAUAACUUUGUUUCCAUCGAGGAGUUCUUCUCUUUGGAGGAGUCCGGGGCGCUUCUGGAAAGUGGAAAGUUCAAAGGGAAUUACUACGGCACACCUCGGCCCGUUCACGUAAGCGCAGAGAGCCCCCCCAUCACCUACCAGGAGCACCGCAACCUGCUCAGAAACUUCCGCACACGCAGCAAAUCGCUCAGCAACCUGGAGAAGGCUGCAGGGGAAGGACUACACAGUGAGGACGACGCAGGCCUGCCAGGAGACUCUGCAGGUGUCAUCCACAGCGUCCCCUUCGGUCACCGCUCCCCAGGCCGGCCUCGAGCGUCCAGCACCGGAGGAGAUGGCUACCCCUUAGAGAACGGGUUCAUCAGCAGCAAAAGUGGAGUCAGGAUCAGAGGGGUGAUGCCUGAUCACUGGGAGCAGGCCUUCAGCGACCCAGGAGAACCACUUUACAUAGAGCGAAGCCCAAAGAGAACCAGCUGGCAGAGCCCUCGACCCUCCAGCAGAGAGACCGACUACAGAAGUGAAUGGUUCACGGAUCAGCCCGAGGAGCUCCGAGGUUUCACCGUGCAUGCACCCUUGAUCAAAGGCCACAGAGGGUUUGGCUUCAACAUUGUGGGGGGCAGCAGACGGCGGGAGUUCCUGCAGGUCUACAGUGUGACCUCAAGUGGACCAUCUGCACUCAAAACAGGGGACAUUCUGGUGUACAUCAAUGACGCUUGCGUGCUGGGGCUGUCCCAUAAAGAGGCCGUAGAGAUGCUCAAGUCGGUGCCUGUGGGCCACAGCGUGGAUAUAGAGGUCCGAAGGGGAUACCCGCUGCUCUACAACCCGGAUGGCCGGCUCAAGCAGUCCCCACCGAGAAUGCUGGACAACAAGGACCCCAACCUACGGCCCACCACCACCCAGCCCCAGUCCCUUCAUCAUCUGCCCCGCCACCCAACGCCCACGCCCCAGACUCAGUACUUAAAUGGGCUCCACAGUAACGGAAGUUACAUGGAACCGGGUGUUGCUCUCGAUGCUAAUGGAAAUGCCACUGCUUUUGCUUCCAAACCGCCUCCCCCAUACAGACGCUCUAGCAUCACCAAUGCUGGCUGUUCCUCCCCGGCUCGGCCACCCCGGUCCCACAGAAGCUUAGCCAGGCUGCAGUCGCUUGACCCGACGCUGGCCAGCCAGAGCGACAGUGAAGUUGUCUCACACAGAGCAUCGGUCAUCCGUAACCACAACAACAACUCUCUGUCGACGCCGCCUCACCUUUUACGCUAUGGAACGUCAAAAUCAUCAGAAAGUGACCUGUCCACCUGCACACUGCCGGGGACUCGGCUGCCCAUGCCCGAAUCACCACACAGGCCCUCCUCUUCUCCUGGUGGCAGGGCUUACGCCCACCUCUUCAGGGGACACAGCUCCCAUCUCAGACCCCUCUCCAACCCGGAGAGCCCCCUCCAUCGCGGCGUGAAUGGUUUCCUCAGCAACACCAGCCCCACUGUCAGCCCCAGUAAUCUAUCCUCCCCUGGAGCCACAAGCCUGGGCAGCGGGUUCGGCGGUUUGAGCGGAGGAGAACUGGUUCCGGUGGCUCUGGCGCAGACGGAGGGAGACAGGGGCCUUGGGUUCAGCGUGACAGCCGGGGGUCCGGGUGGCCGGGUGACCGUGGUGGACAGAGUCUGGGACAGGAAGCAGUGCAACUCCCUUCAGCCAGGGGACGCUAUUGUGAAAAUCAACGGCGCUGAUGUCCAGAGUCUGAACUUUACACAGAUUGAUUCCAUUCUGCUGGAACAUGCCAAACAGGGAGAAGUAAUCCUGCUGGUUUACAGAGGAGGCAUCUAUCAUUCAUCGGUGUCCCCCGCUUCAAUUCGGAGACUCCCGCCUCCGCUUCUCCGGCCUCCUCCUCCGCCCGACGCCUCAGAAAGCUUCUCCGCUUACCCAGAAGCUUUGCCUUUGCCCCGCACGUCCAACAGCCCUGCUCCUUCCCCAACGCAUUCCUCGCUCAUCCAAAGCACCAGUUUCCUGGAGUCCAUCCCCGUCACCCUGACGAUGGACCCCAAGGACUGGAUCGACAUAGGUCUGGAGGACGAAGCCGCGGGCAUCUCGGUGCCUGACGCAAGUCUGGAAAAGAGAAGCGAACAAAGUCGACCUCUUCGAGGGCUUGAAGUGGUGCUGAGGAGGAAGCCGGGGGAAGGCUUCGGGUUUGUCAUCGCGUCUCAGGAUUUAGAGCAUGGCAAAGCAGCUUCUCUUCUUCCUCACCGCUUUGUGACCGUACGGCGGGGCAGUCCGGCUGCAAAGAGCGGCCAGAUUCGUCCUGGAGAUCGUUUGGAGGCUGUGGAGGGGCGCUCCGUGGUGACUUUGCCCCAUCGGGAACUUGCCCAGAUUCUCCGUCGAGCAGGGAACACUCUGCGUCUAACCAUCGUGCCCCGCACCAGCACCCACUCGACAAACUUUACAGAAGCCACUGACCAUGAACACAGAAGCAGAAGGGGGCAGAGGUCACGGCCAAAGCGUGACUCCAGGUAUUACAGCGUGGAUCUGGAUCGAGGCCCCUCGGGCUUUGGCUUCAGCCUGCGAGGUGGGAGUGAGUACAACAUGGGUCUCUACGUUCUGGGGCUGAUGGAGGGGGGGCCGGCCUCACGGAGCCAAAAGAUACAGGUGAGCGACCAGCUCGUAGAAAUCAACGGUAACAGUACGGCGGGAAUGACCCACAGCCAGGCUGUCGAGCAGAUCCGCAGAGGAGGCCAGCGGAUCCACCUGGUUCUCAAGAGAGGAAACGGUUACGUGCCUGACUAUGGCCGUGAACAGAGGAUCACCUCCCCCUCCCACAUCUACAACCCCAAGGAGCAGGGUUUGGCUGCAGUAAACUCCACUGGAAGGAGGGGGCGCAGUUCCCACCAGAUGAGGAGAAGCAGAUCAGCUGGAGACAAGAGGGAGAAAAGGUCGGAGGUGAGGAGCAGAAGGAGGCACGGGUCACUGAAAGGAGACCGCUCGGAUUUACACAGCCCCAUCUCCGAGCCGAGUGACCGAUCUCAUGAGUCCAGAGACAGAAGGAGGAGGAGAAAAAGGAGUUCGCACAGUUUACCUAGAGACCCCAACCAGAAAUAUGCCGACAGCGACGCAGAAAGGAGGACAGUGAGAGGGCGGAAACGGGACAGGGACAAGGGGAGGAGCAGAGGCCGAGAGGGGAGGAAGAGCAGGAGUGAGGAGAGGCAGAGGAGGGCAGAACGUGAGGAGUCUGAGCCGGAGGAGCGUUACUCACCCCCUGUUGAAGUGGAGAGGAGGUUGGAAGAGAGGGAGAACGAAGGGAAUUUUGAGACUGAAAAUAAAGGUAGUCUUCCCAUUCCAAGUCCCACUCGAAGACUUCCCGGCCUCGAGCCAAACUGGGAGCUGGAAAGCCGUGUAGAGUGGGACAUGGCUGCGGAGUACAGGGAGCUAGUGAGACAUGAAAACCAGCAGGCGGAGCAUGCGGAGUCCCUGGGUUAUGACAAAGGUGAAGAUGAAGAGGUAGAUGAAGACCAGUCCUUGACCUCUCAGAGGCCUUUACCAGGAGUUGCUGUGAAUUUGGCGGAGUCACAGAGAAAGCCCUUCUCCUUCCUCACCUCCACACUGUCUGUAGACCAGCUGGGGGAGGCCGACUCAGAGUCCGGAGACAGCCUGUCCGACGUCAGCCUGUCUGACGUCAGCACGUCGGCAGCUAGCAUCUCAGGGCUGUCUGUGGCCACCAGAGAGACGGGCAGGCCGAGGGCGGAGGCGCUGCCCGGCUUUUGGCUCAAACCCAGCGAGCAAAGGUUGGUUCAGUUUGCACCGGAGAACAGGCAGCCCAGGUCACCGUCAUAGCAGAGGAGAAGAAGAAGAAGAAGAAGCGUCAUCUCCUGACUUUUUCCUUGGAAACAGAGCAUGCGGCAGCUGCAUGAUACUGUGAUGUAUUAUGUCUCACUGUUAGACCUCUACUUGUUGUCUGCAACGAGCCACACACUUUCAAACUUUAUCUGAGUCACUUUGAUGUCAACAGUAGAAGUCCUACGUUGUGCCUUUACGCUGCCGAGCUCUAAAUGAUCCGAAAUUUUUAACUAAAAAAGAGUGAAAUCCUUCCCCAAAGUCUUCUUCCAGCUGGCUUUCUUUAAACAACACUUUGAUUUUUUUUUUAUCUGCUUCCCUUUUCACAAUCACACAUUCGCUUCUGACCAGAUCAUUUACCGCCCUCUCUAUAUACCUCAUGACAAUGCUGAGCAAUAAUAAUGCAACCAUUUGUGAUUCAUCCAUAUCCAACUGGACUGCUGCACUACGACCUGUUCUGAGUGGAGUCCGUGUAACGUUUGUACAGUAUCCUCUUUGUCUUACUGUCAGGAUCUUUGGUUGUGACGAUCCAAAUCCCCUUCAGAUCCAGGUGUGCAAUCUGUAAAAGUACCAGGCCAUAUUGUACAUAGUCUAUUUAAAGAAGCCCUAAUUUGUAUAAUUGUAUUGUAAUACACCAUAUUAAGUCUAAAUAUUUUAAUAUAUGCAGUAUACCUACAUAUUACAAAGUGUUAACCUAUCAAAUUAUUUAUUAUUGUGUGAUGAGUGUGAAAAUUGGUACUUGGCUUUUGCGAAGGCUCAAACUGUGAUCACAGAACCCCGUUUCCAGUCCAGUUGGUACAGGUUUCUAAAAAGCGACGAAAUCCUAAAUCUGCAGCUUGAUUUGUUUUGUCGUCAUCUACGGGGAGAAUGAUUUUCACUGUCACUCACCGACCUCAGUGGGCUUGCCAAUUACAGCCAAAAUUGCUGCAAUCUGCAGAUCAUUUGGUAGCAGACGAGGUUGUCAGGAGUUGAAAGGAAGACAAAAGGUCACGGCUUGCCAAUAAAACGUAGAUGAAUCAGCUUUUUUUAAUUGUUUUCCAUAUAUACUAUUAAAAACCUGGAUGAGGAAUAUAAGAUCAAGAUGAAGUUGAUUUCUUUAUGGAAACUGAGUAAUGACCAUACUGGGGUCUAAACUCAUGACCUGCUGGUUGUGAUGUAAAAAGACGACUUGAGUCCGGAGAAGGUCAGAAAUCAUUGGAAGAAAAGUGUCCUUUAAUAACAAGAAAUCCUGCUACUGCAGAAAUAUGAGCUCAAGAGAAGCAUCAGGCUAAACAUGUAACACUGUGCAAUGAAAUAUUUAUCAAAUCACUAGAAUUAUAAUGUACAGAUGCAUACAAGUAACACAGAAAUAUGUUCUGGAACUUUUAACAUUAGAAUGAUCAUUUUUCCCAGUAAAAUCUGUGGAUUUUAUGCAAGAUUGUAAAAUAAAAUAUUAUAAAAAUGGCUGUAAAGUUGCAAAAAAGACUACAGCAGAUGUUCUCAUCUAAAAGCAAUUGUAUUAAUCAGUAAACUACAGUAUAAUGGGGUCACUUAAACAAAAGUAUACACAGAGACAUUGCCCUUUAGUCUGUCCUGACUGACUUGUAAAUUGAUCUGCUCUGUUCCCAUCAAUAACUGAUAAGGUGAGAAGUAUUUUAUUUAUCUCUCUUAGCCUCAUUUUCCUUCACUGAUGAAGGAUCAUAUAUAGUUGACAUUGUGAUACAUGCUGAUCAAUGAUGGAUAAAUAAUGGAUUCAAACAUGUCCUGACUUUAAUUUGAUUUGAUUUGUUGGUUUAUUUUAAGCAUUAGUUGUAGAUAAUACAACAAGAAACCACACAGACAUAUCCAACUCAUUUCAGAAAUAAAUUAUUUAAAAAAUAAUGAAAAUGUAAGAAGAUUAUAAGAAAUUGUAAAUGGAAUUUUUUGCAUUAGUGCAUCCAUUACACACCGAGGUCACAUUUGAUUCUUUAUAUAUAGGGAUUAUUAACUAAAAUCAAAAUGAGUUUGAUUUAUCGCUUAUAUAGAAGUGAGAAGAAGUAUAUAAUCUCACCUCUAUUGAGUUUUUUUCCUUUUAUAAUUUUGCAUAAUUGUUAUGUGGUUCUUAAUAGAUCCGAUUUUUUUUUUUUUAUUUAUCAAGUAGCAAAAUAUUCUGAUUAUUCUAUGAAAAUAUUCUUCCACAAUUUCAGUAAAAAACAACACGAAUCACAUUUCAUGUUAUAGAUAUGUCAUUGAUUUAUUGGUUUAGCACAUUUCUACACUGGGAUCCUCCUAGAACCCGUUCUCAGCUACUGUUGGGCAAAGGCGGGGUACACUUUCAACACACCGCCAGUCUGCUGCACUCACACAUGCACGUCUCGGGGCAAUUCAGAGAUGCCAAUUAACCUAUGGAGCAUGUUUUUGGACGUGGAGAAAUUGCAAACUCCACACAGAAAGGUCCCAACUGGGCUUCAAACCAAGACCUACGCUGUGAGGAGACAGUGCUAACCACUGCACCAACCCUAGAAGCAAAAUUAAUUUACUAAAUAAGACACUAACUUCUUUUUUCCCCUGCAGACACAUAAAUAUUAGUAUUUUUAAGGACAUUUGAAGAAGUGGAUUCCUCUGCAGUGUUAUUGUAGUGACAUGCACUUUGUCUUUUAUAUUAAUAUUGCAUAAAUAUAUUUGUUUUUUGUUUUUUUCUUAAGUGUUGGCCUUGUUUCUUGAGCAGAACACUUAUAUGCACAGGACAUGGAGCUCAAUUUAAGUGCAUUUAGCACCUCUGUUACCUUGUGGUCAGCUAAUUGUGGAAUGAUUUGUCCAGUUUGAGACGAAUUAAAACAAUAUUUAAUUUUCCUUUUUGCCCACACAUAAAGGCUGUAGUUGACAAACUUUAAAUGAAGUCGGUGAGUGAAAACACUUUUAAAAUAUCACUUUCCUCUCACUCGUUUGCUUACGGAACAAAUCAAAGAUUUACAUUUUGUUGUAUUUUAGACACCUUACCUAAUCUUGCUGCAAACGGGGCUCGUCGUGCAGUACCUGUCCUCGUCAUUAUCAAACGUUUUUGCUGCUCGAGUGUGGUUUUUGGAUGCUCCAUGUUUGGGAUGCCAAUCACAUGCAUACUUCUGCUUCUGUUCAUCUUUGUGUGUGUGUGUGUGUGCGUGCGUGUGGGGUCAGAACAAAACCACUAUCUCGAUUCAAGAGAGUGCUGUGCUCAUUGUGCCACGUACAGUUGCCUUGGUAACAAACCAGUUUAUCCUAACCACUGAUUUUUCUUACUGUGAAAACCUUUGCUCCAGGGUGUCUAAUAGUAGAUAUAGAUAGGCUGUUUCGUAAUUUCAGCCAAAUAAAGGGUCCUUACUUCAAAUCUGCAGCAGCAAAAUCGAAAAGUUCUGAACUCUCAUAAGACGAUAUAGCACAUCCUUUCUUUUUUUCUCUCUUAUUUUUAUGUUAUAUAAAUAUACAAAUCUAUAAAAAGGAAUAGGCAUUAUACAGGAUGGAUGCUAUGAGAUGUUAUUUUUCUAUGAAAUUAUCUUUUUUUGAUAUACUCAGGUUUUCUGAUACUUUGCUCUAGAUAAGCCAUUAAGAGAAAGAUGAAGCUACGGUGACUUUCCAUCAUUUUCACGGCACAAAGUGGGUUCCUAUUAUUUCCGAGUCAAAGCAAUAUCAUGCUGAUUCGUUCUGGCAGCACUGAGAGACACAGACUGUUAUUUACUUCAUCUGCAACAACCCGCUAAACCAAAUUAAAGAUGUGGAGUGCCCGGUCCAUUUGUUUGCAUUGCCGUGCUGCCCAGAAAAAGCAGGGCGUUGACUCGACGAGCAACCGCCUAUAUGGCCAUACAUGGCAGCCUAUAGAAUUUGAAAGACUUAUUUUAUAACAUUUGCUAAUCUUCUUUUAUUAAACUUUGAUUUCUUAAAGAAGGAUGUUUGGCUGAACUGUAAAGUGCAAAUAAAGUGCUGAACCAAUGCUUUGUUGUCGUCAUGGAUUCCUUGUAUUUCUGCUGUUGAAACACCACAAGAAAUAAAGGACAGCAGAUGGCAGCAAAAA